AUGCACGCUACACGUGGUUCCACUACUCUUGAAGUUCCUUUGGGUUUAGUUAAUGAAAAACGUAAAAGUUCUCAAGCUAAUAAGCUCCUUGUGGCUCUAAAUGAAUUUUUUUCUUCGUCCUACGAAAUCGAAGAUAGGCCGUCAUUGUGGAAAUACAUUCAUAAUCCAACAUUUAAACGAUUUAUAAAAGCUUUAGACGCCCAGCAGGAUAUAACGACGAAGUUUAUAAAUGAAGAUGAACUAUUAUAUCGAAAUGAACAUUACCAUGGGAAUGCCAGCGAAUACUUACCACGUUGGCUGCGAUCCCAACAAACGAACGAAAAUGUUAACGUUUUAAAGGCGAGCAGUCCAAUCGUGUUUCUACCUUUCGGUUUUGCACCGCGUAAUUGUGUUGGUCGUAGGGUAGUUUCCAUGGAACUUCAAUUGGGUGUCGCACGCCUAAUACGUAAUUUCGAAGUUGAGUUUCAUUGCAGCACCGAAAACGCAUUCGGCAAUAUACAACUCAUUGUGCCUAAUAUACCGUUAAGAUUCCAAUUUAUUGAUUGCGAGAUGUAA